AUGCAUCGCAGACCAUUCACUGUUACUGUUGCUGGCAGUUCAACAAAACAUAUUCAAUGCACUUGCAAUAGACAACGUAAUUCAAAAACAAAUUCAUUCAAGAUUCUCUCCAACAUCACUCAUGUUUCCAUUCAGCAUUCAUAUUCUACAAGAUCAACUCGAACCAAUCCAGUCGCUGGAAAUCCUACUCACUCUGGAAUGGGUGGUAUCUUCUCCAAAGUCUCUGAUGGUAUGAAUCCCUCUGAUUUUAAUUCACCUUUGGAAACUCAUAGUAUACCAAUGGAUUUGUCUGAUGGAGUCGAGCACGAUCUAAAAACAUUAAAGGUGUCAUCAAUCUUACCAAAUGAUUACUUUCUAUCUGGAAUGUUCAAAAAGGGUCGUUUUAAUCUGCAACCCAAAAAACUACGGCAACUCACACAACUGAUCAUCGAUGAGUGCAGUAAACGCUCUCCAGAGGAUUUAUCAACCAUGAUUACGGAAAAAUUUCCUGAUGCUCAACCCAAAGAUCUAUAUGUCUUGAUUGGUGUCUUGCAAAAACACAGUACGCCUGGCGAAAAAUUGGCAUUUGCACUGUCCAAAGUAUGUAUGCAUCGUGGUGAUAUGGAUGCAGAACUCAAGUAUGCAGCUAUGCUCAUGACAGGAGUGUAUGGGGUAAAGCGCGAUCAAGAGCUUGGCAUGAAGCAUUUAAGAUCACUGGCUGAUCGCAAACAUGGUCCGGCAUUAUACAUGCUUGCAAUGCGAGCUAUUCAAGCACAACACAAAACAGAGGCUACAGGGUAUUGGCUGAGUACAUCAAGCGCAUUUGUGGUGCAAGAUUUACCACGCGCAUUAAAGUACCUGACGUUGGCGCAUGAGCAAGGAACAGUCGAGGCAACCUAUUUGCUUGGAUCCAUGUAUCUCAAAGGCCGAGGCACAUUUGACAAACGGCCCGAUGUUCAAAAGGCACACACUUUGUACUUGGAAGCAGCCGGAAAAGGUCUUGCUAUUGCACAGCAUGAUCUAGCAUCCAUGUACUACGAGGGCACAUCGGGUAUUGAUCGCAAUGUGCCGUUGGGAUUAGAAUACUGGACAAUGGCAGCCGAAGGAGGGUUUGCACUAUCACAAAUGAACAUUGCCAAAGCGCGUAUCACAGGAUUAGAAAUUGCAGGACCAGGAGGAGGCAACUAUGAAAAGGAUUGGGUGUUGGCAAGAGAGAUGCUAGAACGAGCACUUGAAAGCAGUGACAAGGUCAAUCCAGCAUUGGCACAGGAUGUAAAGCAACUGAUUGAGGAUUUGGACGAAUUAGAAAAACAAAAUCCAGAAGAAGCUAAAAAGUAUAAACAAAAAGCAACCAAACGCAAAUCUGAAAUGUGUUUGAUUUUAUAA